AAUGCUUUUUACAAAUUAUUAUCUAAAAAAAAUCAUUCGAAUAACUCAAUCCCAUCCCCAUUGGUAAAACAGAGAUAAUAAUUCGAUCAUCGGGCGGUAAUUUUAAAUAAUUGAAGAAUAAAGAACAACGAAUUACGUAAUAACACUUAUAUAUACUUCCGACAAAGCUCAUUCUCUCACGAAUUCUUCGCGAAGCCCAACCAAUACGUCGAAAGAAACCUUUUCUCGCGCAUUACGUUACGCAUGGAUUAUGGGAUAAAAGAAAAGGAGGGGGGCGGAGGGGGCGCUACACGAAAGCUAAGCCGUCGACCUCUGGCUGAUACCAGUCGAUUCCUCGUUGCCCCUACACGAUGAAACGAUACGGAUUAUCGUCGCUCGGUUAAUUUUCGCAUUCGAUCGAGUUAAUUACACGCGUUUACGACGCGUCGAAGAUUGUAAUUAGCGGUGGAUGCGCGACGAUCGAUUCACCGGUUCACCAGGCUUUCAUAAUUACUACCUGCCUAGCCACACGUGGGGAAAGCAGAGAUAGAUAGAGAGAAAGAGAGAGAGAGAAAGAGAGAGUGAGUGGAUAAUCAACAGGGAGCUCGUUGAUCGCCGAUUCGACGACAGAGGGUGGUCAUCAGGGCUUCCACCGAUUAUCGAAUCGAUUUUUGCCGUUCAAGUGUGCGAGUGUCGCACACUUCGAACCGGUGAUUCGUCCGAUGAUUGUUGACUGCAGAAAGAAUUGAGUGCGAAAAUAAAAAUGAAUCAAGAAAUGAUCAAUCGAUCGAUUGACUUUGAACACGAUCUGAACAAAAAUCAAAAAUUCGAAUGGAAUAGAUUAAACCUACUUUCUCAAAUACACUUUCGCACCAAGGAAGGAAGGAAAACGUAAUUUUCAACUAAUUUUCAAUUAAUUUGUCCAAUAAGAGGAAAUUGUCUGAUGUCAAUUUUUCUCACGAAUGAAUGCAGGGUGGAAAGUGAGAAGCUGUGGCUCGCGACGCACUGACAGGAACGGGAGGGCAAGCGUCCAUUGGUACCACCGGAACUUCCGCCAAUUCCUCCGCGGUAAGCCGAGUCGACUCGAGCGGUGUCGAGCUGCGAAACCCGGCUCUGAUCCUCGGCCGUUGUCCAGUUAGCUUUUGAUCGUCGGCGAAUCACGUUUUCCAUUCGCUGGCCAGGCGAGGCUUGCGACAUGUACACGAACAGGUGCGUGAACGAGAGGACAUUCCUGACCAGGCCUCUGGACUCGCCGGAUUACGUGGAAUUCGCGAGUUUGCUGAGAAGCAGGAAGACCCGUAUCAGACAGUUCCAAUGUUGUAUCUGCGCCACUUUGAUAGCGAUCUUCACCAUGGCUCUCGUAGUGACAGUGAGCUACUCCGUGAGCCACGACAUGAUGGAUGUAGGAUCGAAUCUGACGGCCGUUUCAUUCGACUCGAACGCGAAUCUUACCAGAUCUUUGAAAAAAGUGAAGCUAGGCUUCGCCCCUGGAUCUGGUUCUUACACGUUGUUCAACAACCCUUCCACCGUCCCUUCCAAUUCCAUCUUGCCUGAUCAAACGUCGAGAGGAACCGCGACAGGGAGAUUGUCCAAGGAGGAGGUGAGGGAGGGGUUGAAAGCCGGUCGCCAGGCGGUCAGCGAGCGACUCUUCACGGACGCUUCAACGUCACCUUUGCCCUCACCGUCGCCUGAGAUCAGGCAUCGUCACGCGGUCAGCACGUGCGUCGACGCCGGCACGCUUGCCCUGGCCGCUGUUGCCGAGCUUGCGGCGACCAGGAAGAUCGAAAACUUGAGGGCAACUCGGGGAGGGCCGUCUGCCAUUGGAAGCUUCUUCGACGCAGGGUGGAAAAUUUUCGGCGCGUGCAAGCGACUGGCUACGCCCGACUGUCCACCCACCGCCAAAUACAGGACCCUCGACGGAAGUUGCAACAGGCCUAUGCAGAUGGGAGUCGCGAUGACACCCUUCAUAAGACACCUGCCCCCUGAUUACGGGGACGGCAUCAACUCGCCCCGCAAAGCGGCUUCAGGCGCCGAUCUACCCUCGGCGAGGGAGGUCAGCCUGAUAGUGCACAAACCUUCGCCGAGCAGCAACCCGAGUUUCACGGUGAUGCUGGCCGUUUACGGCCAAUUUCUGGACCACGAUAUCACGGCAACUGCCCUCAGCCAAGGUCUGAACGGCACCUCCAUUCCGUGCUGCCCACCGUCCAACGCCCAUCCCGAGUGCUUCCCCGUCCCAGUCUCCUCCGGAGAUCCCGUGUUCGACGUCGCGGGAAGAAGCUGCAUGGACUUCGUCAGAUCGGCCCCGGCACCCCAGUGCAAACUCGGCCCCAGGCAACAGUUGAACCAGGUAUCUGCGUUCAUAGACGGAUCGGCGAUUUACGGGGCGGACAAGAGCGCGGCCGAGAAUCUGCGUGAGUUCAGGGGCGGCCGUUUGAGGAUGCAACUGACCCCCGACAAUCGAACCCUCUUGCCAGCUAGCACGGAUCCCAACGACGGGUGCAACCGUGAAGCCGAGAGACGUAGGGGGAGGUACUGUUUCGCGGCAGGCGACGCGAGGGCGAACGAGAAUCUCCACUUGACCACGAUGCACCUGCUGUGGGCGCGGCAGCACAACAGGGUGGCCGAGCGACUGGCGAGGAUCAACCCCUCGUGGGACGACGAGACGCUUUACGAGGAGUCGCGACGCGUGAUCGGCGCCCAAUUGCAACACAUCACGUAUCGAGAGUUCGUGCCAAUAAUUCUGGGCGAUCGGGAGACGGAUAAGAGGGAUCUAAGACCCCUGACGUCUGGUCACAGGGGGUGGAAAUUGGACAGGAACGACACGAGCAUCGACCCGAGUGUAGCGAACAGUUUUGCUGCGGCCGCGUUCAGAUUCGCCCACACCUUGUUGCCCGGGUUGAUGAGGAUGACCGACGAGAGGGGGGCCACUUCCUCCUACGUGGAGUUGCGCCGAAUGCUGUUCAACCCUUACAGCCUGUACGCGGAGGGGGGGUUGAAGAGUUCCAUCACAUCCGCGGCUAGAAACGUGAUCCAGAUGACGUCCGCUCACGUCACCUCUCAGCUGACCAAUCACCUGUUCGAGGACCCAGUCGCGAACACGACCGUCCCAUGCGGCCUGGAUCUUGUCUCGUUGAAUAUACAGCGUGGAAGGGAUCACGGGCUUCCAGGUUACACAGCGUGGAGGGAGUAUUGCGGAUUGGGAAGGGCGGAAAGUUUCUCCGAUUUGGAGGGCCACCUAGAUCCACGAACUCUCGAGGAUAUCUCCUCGUUGUACGAGUCCGUUCACGAUAUCGAUCUGUACACGGGGGCUCUGGCCGAGUUGCCUAACGCUGGUAGCAUCGUUGGAUCCACUUUCAUGUGUCUGAUCGCCGACCAGUUCGUCAGGUUGCAGAGGGGGGACAGGUUUUGGUACGAGCUGGGUGGACAACCUCAUUCGUUCACCGAAGAUCAGCUUACCGAGUUGCGUAAGAUGUCGCUGGCGAGGUUGAUUUGCGACUGUUCGGAUGAGAUAGGACAGAUUCAGGCGGAAGUGAUGCGAGCGGUCAGUCCGGAGAAUCCCGUCAUCUCUUGCGAGGAUAUACCAGCGCCAUCUUACGAGCCGUGGAAGGAAACCGAGCAAGCAGGAUCGUUGGAUUGGACAGGUUUGAGGAACGAUAUUAACAACACGAUCGAAGAGAUCGUGGCUUACAUCAACAACUCCAGGACGAGUUUGGACGCCGAUUGGGCGGCGUUUAAAAAUUACAUGAGCGAUACGUUUUCCGAUCUUAGAAACCAAUUGUCCGAAUUGCAUUCGCCGGACGAUGGCCAAGAAACGCCCAAGGAAAGAUCGGAUUCCGAAACUGGAGCAAUGAACGCGUAUCGAUAUUGGAUCGGUUUGAAAAGUAACGUGACGAGAUCGUUGAAUCGGUCUAUGCGAACGAUGACUGGAGGGCCAGCCGCGGUGACCAAGUGGUUGGCGUUUAAACGAAGCGUGGUCGAUCAGUUUGCCAAUUUGAAGGAUGAGAUCGCGGCUAUGAAAGUAGAUGUUGCGCCCAAAUUGGCGAUGAAGAAGAGGUACGAGCAGGAACAGGUUUCGAAUAGUUCGAGAAUGAACGACACGAUUCCGGCAAUCUUCGAUUGGAAGAACUUCAAGAGCAACAUAAUAUCGUCCUUGAACAACACUAUCACCAAUAUAAGAGGCGACAAGUACCGAUUUUCUGCUUUCAGGGACGAAAUCGGUAGCCAGAGAUCCGUUGAACCGAAGGAAUCGAACGCGUCCUCCGAUUGGUUGACGUACAAAGAUCAUAUCGUCGAAACGAUGAACGAGAUCGUGAAUAAAAUCAAGAACGGGAUGCCUCCCCCCGGCGAUCCAGCUUGGGCCACGUACAGAAACGAGAUUACGAAAAGUUUCUCCAACUUGGAGGCCAUCUCGAGGCCAUCUCUGGAACGCGCCACGUUGUCCAACACGAGAGAAAACGUUCGUUAUCGUUCAACCGCCUCCGCACCAAUUAUUACGAGUAACAACGUGUCCAAUCUGACUGUCGAUUGGUCAGAGUUCAGGGCCCGAAUCAACGAUUCUGUGACCAGGAUGAUCGAGGGUAUUCUGAGCAAGAGACCUACGGAGAUCGAUCCGAUCGCUUGGGCAACGUUUCGAGCCACGGUCAAUGACGAAUUCGCUAGGCUGAGAAGCGAAAUCGAGAGCAUUAGAGACGAGUGGUUGGGAACGAAAACUGGCGGAGGAGAUGAAUCCUCGUUGAAUCUACGACGAAACUUCAAAUAUAAUUACUUCGAUUCGCUCGUCGUUCCUUCGAGGGAGGAAUGGGACGAUUUUAAGAAAGGGAUCAACGAUACCGUGAUGAAUAUCCUCACCAUCGCCAAUUCGUCCGACGAGUUCAGUUUCGACGAGCUUCACAGGAUGUUCAAUCGAUCUUUCACCGAUCUCAAGGAUCAGCUGUCGUGUUUGAGAACGUUGAUCGAGGAGACUUACAAUAACGAGACGGCCGCCGAUUGGCUCAGCUUUCAAGCGCAAUUGAAUUCCACGGUGAAGGAUCUGGUCGAUGGUUUGACGAACGACGAUCAGUUGUCCAGCGAAGAUGCGAUGUGCGUGCUGCUCAAGGCAGAAGACGAGUUGUCUAACGUUCGAUUGCCGGCGAAUUCGGCCUCGAUUCCGCCGCCCGAUUGGAUUCGAUACGCGUCUCACGUGAACAAAACGAUCUCGGACGCUCUGAGAAACGUCAACGACUCUAGGGAUCAUUAUGGGACGAUGAUGCUCAGAGCGGAAGAGACUAUAAUGACAUUCUCGUCAUCCAACGAUCUUGAGAAAUUCAAAACGAAUUGGUUAAUCGUUCCUUGCCUUCUUGCCUCGUUCACAACGAUAUCAAAGUUCCAAAUUCGCGUGUAAAUUUUUCUUUAUUUCAAUUAUUGUAUAUAUAUAUAUAUUCUAUUGUUUAUAGAAACAGACUUUUAUUAUAUACUAUAUACUAACCAAGAUAAGAAUGAGAAUAUAUCAGGAAGAAUGGAAGGGAAGUGACAAUGUCAGUUCAAAAGUUUUUCUUUUCUAAGAUUCUACUUGAAAAAAAGAAAAAAAAAAAAAAUGGUGACACUCCGAUGGAUUUUGAUAUUCAAUACAAUAUUUGCAAAAUUAUCAAAAUCCAUAAGGGGAGGUUUCGAUUCUAACU